CAAGAAGGAAGACCCAAGGCUGAACAAGGCAUGCAAGAUGAUCUGGGCCCAGGACCUUUGGCUUACGAUACGUAUCUAGUACUGCCUAGACCUACUAGGUCUAGGCUAGAAGUACGUCCUCACCUAUCCUUUCACCUCACACGUAUCGACUGUCUAGACGAGUACGUCCUCACCGACCUUUCCUUUUAGUUCAUUCAUUCUGCUAAUUGUAGUUCUGACCGAGAGUGAGAGUACUUGUCUAGUUCAUUCUGUCAAAAAUUGCAGUUCUUAAUCUUACCAAGAGCACUGAGAGUACAACGUCCUCACCUAGCGCUAGCUUUUCAGCGAAAUCUUUCUAAUUAAAAGUUUUGCCACCUGACGAGUCUGUGUUGGGAUAUCUCUGCGCAGCUCUCUCCAACCGAGAUUAUCCUCCACAGAAAGACGCAGUAGCAGUUCCGGAACAAAAGAAAAAACAAAUGGGAAUCUAUGUUACGGCCUCGUCCUACCUCCUAUCUACGUACUACUUACUGUUACUUAUAGGUAAAAAUCAUCUCCAUAUUUAUGAUGUUACUGUUUUUACUUAAUAUAGGUAAUCAUCUCCAUAUGAUUAUGAUGCUAUUCGUCGUACAACAGCUAAGAACGUGUACUAAUCUACUUCAUGGAAGUCUAUGUGUUGUAUAUCCCUGUAGUUGUGUCGUACAACGAACAAAAAGUGAGAGAUCCAGUCUCUCGACGUCUUCGGUUACUCGUUCCUUCAUCCAGCGUAAUGCAAUCUAUCAAAUUUUUAUCUUGAGUUCUUCCUCUAGGAAGAAAUGGCAGUAGCGCCGGCUGCCUCAGCGGCGUAUCAACUAAUUAUACCUAUAAUACUAAAAACACUAAUACUUCUAAUACUAAUACUAAUUACUAAUGCUUAUUUUUAUUACUAACACUUAUCGCUGAUGCAACUUAUUUCGAUCUCCGGUUUUUUUACUGCAGACUAUUGAAAUUACGCCUUACUUUCUAAGAAAUAUCAUCUGCAAUUGGUCGGUCGACAAUUUUUGCGAAGAUUCGUCGUUAUUGGGCAGCUAGAAACGAUCACAGAAACGACAAGGCUUCUCUUAUGGUGAAGGAAUCUUCCGUAUCCAUGCACAUCUUGAUCUCGCAUGGUUCUUAUCCUCGGAUAUAAUUCCCAUAGUGGUCCGUAUUCAGUACUCACAACAUCAUAUUACCGUGUAAGUAUCUAUUGUAGAGGAAGGAGUUGUGGCAAUUCUAUUUGACAGUUUCGGAAUACUGAUCUGGGCAAUUGACGUUGACCAUGGCCAUUUUGUUUGACGAGCUGACUGGUGUGCUCGAGCUUCAGGGUCUUUGAUUAUCUGAGGUGGACAUGCCUAGUAAACCCGUCUGCACCUCUUGGUAACACUAGGCGGCAAGACCGCACUACCAGAUAUAUGUCUCACUCUCACAGCACAUAAGUAAAAAUGUGAGUAGGAUAGUGUAAUGAGUACUUCUUGUACGUUGGCAGAGAGGAAGGUCGCAUGGUGCUUUGGAUAAGCUGAGUGCUCCCCUCUAAUGCGCGCAAAGAUUAUGAAAGGAUUCAUUGCACUUUAUUUGGAAGAUGAUACAGCAAAGAACCUCUAUAACACAGUCUCACUCAGCAUCUAGACCCUACUAGAGGGCUGUAGAAUUCUAGGUGCAUCCCGUCCCUCUUCACUCAGCAUGAUCUAGAACUCUACUAUUACUUUAACAGUAGGAUUUGACUUUUCCUUGUUUUUGGUCUCUUUGAAAGCGAAAAAGAAGUGCGCGGCCCUCUUGAUUAAUAUUCUCAGCCUCCUCGUCAGGCGACUCUAUCUCAUGAAUAGGGACCUGAGUGCCCUCUCAUGUUUGCAAGAAACUCAGUUAUUGUCUAAGGUCCGUCUACUUCUAGUAUCAAGCGUGUCUAAAGACCGCCUAGCAGGGUAUUUUUUUCCCACCUGCCUCUUUCAUAUCAUACGUGUGGCCUAAAGUGGUUGAGAAUUUUCGAACCAACGCUGAAGGCAUUCGCCAG